AUGGCAGCGUCGGCGCUCUUCGAGAAACUGGCCUUACAUGCGCCUCACCUACCCAGCAAGCAAUUCAUCCCGGCUUUCGUCUACGGCACAGCGUGGAAGAAGGACGCCACCAAUGAACUUGUUUAUCAGGCAAUAUCCAACGGCUUCACUGCUAUCGACACUGCUGCUCAACCCAAGCAUUACAGAGAAGACCUAGUCGCCGCCGGGGUUUCGAGAGCUAUCAGAGAUGGACUCAUCAAGAGAUCGGACCUCUACCUGCAGACGAAGUUCACUAGUAUUGGCGGACAAGAUCCUGACGAUAUGCCUUAUGAUCCUACGAGCCCAGUCGUGGAUCAAGUCAACGCUUCAGUAAUGUCGUCCCUCCAGAACUUCAACUUUGCCAAUGUCGUCAAGGACGAUGAUGAGGCAGAGCCGUACAUUGAUACUCUUGUCCUACACUCCCCCAUGCAGUCCCUCAACGAGACUCUGGAAGUGUGGCAGACACUGGAGCAAUAUGUCCCCAACGAAAUUCGAAACUUGGGCAUCUCCAAUUGCAACCUCUUCACACUGAUGGAUCUGUAUGAGCGAUCAACCAUCAAGCCGAGUGUGGUGCAGAACCGCUUCUACCCCAACACGAAAUUUGACAUUGGUGUCCGCCAGUUUUGCAAGGACCACAAUAUCAUCUACCAGAGUUUCUGGACUCUGAGCGCCAAUCCCGCACUGGUGUGGUCCAAAGAGGCAGGCGCUCUAGCGAACCAGUUAGGCAUCAGUCCGCAGUCAGCCCUGUACUGUCUCGUCCUUGGACUUGGGAACAUUACUGUUCUCAACGGGAGCAAGAAGACACAGCACAUGCAGGAAGACUGGAGAGCAGUAGAAAAGGCCAGACAAUAUGCAGAGUUGCAUCCAGCGCAAUGGGAGAGGACAAUGGCGGACUUCAGGAGAAUGAUUGGCCAACCCAAACCGUAG